CUCCAUAUCAAUUCCCUUAUUAUGAUGUUGUGUAUUUUCUCAACCUGCGUCAUGGCUACUCUUAUCCUUUCCUCCUUGCUGUGGAUUUUAACCGUCGACGUUGUUGUGGCGAGUGGUUGCAUGGAGGUAGAGAGGAAUGCACUCCUCACGUUUAAGUCCGGCUUGGUUGAUCCUCAGAAUUUAUUGUCUUCGUGGGAAGGCGAAGAUUGCUGUAAAUGGAGGGGAGUCCCCUGCAGCAAUACCACGGGCCAUGUUGUGAAACUCAACCUCCGAAACAGAAACUCGUAUGAUAUAUUGGUUGAGGAAUGCUUAUGUUUGAGCGGUGAGAUCAAUCCAGCUUUACUUCUUUUAAGCAAGUUAGAGCAUUUAGAUCUCAGCAUGAACAAUUUCAGCGGAACCAGCAUCCCGGCAUACUUGGGUUCAUUCGAGAACUUGAGAUAUCUCAACCUCUCUUAUGCACAUUUCAGUGGAAAAAUACCUCCACAAAUUGGAAAUCUCUCAAAACUUCACUAUCUUGAUUUAAGUUUUGACUUCACUUUUUCUGGCAACACUCUUAGAGUAGAUGACAUUUUGUGGCUCACUCGUUUAUCUUCCUUAAAAUAUCUUGAUAUGAGCUUUGUGAAUAUGAAUACUUCUACAGGUUGGUUGCAUGCUGUAAAUAUGCUUCCUUCAUUGAAAGUGCUACGUUUAGCUGCCUGUUCACUUCCUGGCAUUUCUACAUCUUCAUCACAUUUCAACCUUACAACUCUCAAGGUUCUUGAUCUUGGAGAAAACCAAAUCAAGGGGAGAUUGCCAUUAUUAAUGAGCUUUACCAGGCUAUUGUACUUAAAUUUGAGCUCAAAUCAAUUUGAAGGCCCGCUACCAUCUCUGCCACAUAAUCUCCUAAACAUCGAUCUCUCCAAUAAUUUUUUCACUGGAGUACUUCCAAACAUUGUAUUGCCACAGAUGGAUUUCCUAUUCUUGUCAAAUAAUGACAUUGGUGGUCAUAUACCAUCUGCUCUAUGUGAAUCAAUUUUUCUGGAAAUUCUCGAUCUAUCAAAUAACAACUUGUCAGGAGAAAUUCCUGAAUGUAUCGGGAAGUCACAAGAGUACCUUUCUGUUAUCGAUGUGUCAACAAAUAAUCUUGUUGGGAGGAUCCCUGACUCCCUUUGCUCGUCGAAAUAUAUUUCGCUGCUAAAAUUUAAUAGUAAUGGUUUGUCUGGAGAAUUUCCUUCGUUGCAAAAUUGCACAGGUUUGGUUAUCCUUGAUCUCGGAUAUAAUAAGUUUUCUGGAACAAUACCAUUUUGGAUCGGGGGAAGUUUAACUCUUCUUAUGGUUCUUCAGUUACGUUCAAAUAUGUUUUCUGGCGGCAUUCCAGAGAAAAUUGCACAACUUGGCUCUCUCCAAGUUUUGGAUCUUUCAAGCAAUAACUUAUCAGGACCAUUACCACGAUCCUUCGGUAAUUUCAGCUGGAAAGCUUUAAAAGAAGGCAGAACAGAUAGAAUUAAUAAUAUCAGUGCAUAUUAUUCAGUUAGUAUAUCCUUGGAUAUUAAGGGAGAGGAACUUACAAUUUGGAAGAUACUCUAUCUAUUUGAAAGCAUAGAUCUUUCCAAUAAUAAUCUAAGUGGAGAGAUUCCCGAUGAGAUUACUGAUCUGCAGACACAACAAUAUUUAAACUUAUCGAGAAAUAAUUUGAUUGGACGUAUUCCAGAAAAAAUCGGCAAAAUGCAAUCGUUAGAAUCGCUAGACCUUGCAAUGAAUAAGCUCUCUGGUAAUAUUCCGCAAAGUCUCUCGGCAUUGACUUCUCUGAGCCACUUAAAUUUGUCGUAUAAUAAUUUCUCGGGAGUAAUUCCAACAGGAAAUCAGUUGCAGACCCUUGACGAUCCAUCCAUUUACAUCGGCAAUCCAUAUCUCUGCGGGCCACCGAGUACGAGAAAUUGUUCUGCAAUUGAAAUAAAUUAUGAGGAUAAUGAAGGCCCUAAGGAUAAGUUCGAGUGGCUAUGGAUAUACUUUGGUGUUGUACUGGGAUAUCUAUUCGGUUUAGCAGUUUUUUGUGGGGUUUUGUUGCUCAAUAAUGCUUGGAGGAAAGCUUAUUUCUCUAUGAUUGAUAUUGUUUGUGACAAGCUUUUUAUUGUAACUAAAGUAACUCUGACUAGAUCAAGACAUAGGCAUAGGAGAUGAAGUAGACGGAAGGGCAUGCAGCAUCCUUAUUAAUGUAAGGUGGUUGGUUUUUUAGCAUUUCACUUCUAUAUUUCCGUAUUUUAUUGUAAUAGAAGCAUUAAUUCUGAGAAAUAAAUUAUAUAGUAUUCAAAUUUUCUGAAUAUUUGAAUAGGGAAAGCUAAAAAUCUUCCCUGUGGUGUAGAAUAUUAA